AUGGAAAAUUCAUCACAAAUAUUUCCUGCUCUGAUCAAGGAUAUCGAAUCGUUUGACAAAAAGCAGUUGUCCAGCAGCAAUGUUGAUGCCCUGGCAGCUGCACUGGAUUUACAACCAGUGGAUGUAUGGCGAUGCCUAAAUUCUCUCAUACAGUUACGCGACUAUGUAAAUAGUAAUAAG